AUGGAUUCCAUCCCGAGGACGCACAAAGAUAUUGAAGCACAGAUAAGAGAGAUACAGUCGAAGAAGAAGGAGCUUUUGAAUACGGUGCCCGAGAAAGAACAGGUUGCUUUGGGAAAAACUGGUUUUUAUGAUCAAGACAUAUAUGAUAGCAGCAACAAUAAAUUUGAUGGUUAUGUUACAUCGAUUGCAACCAAUGAUGAAAUCGAGGAUUAUGAUCCGUUUGCGGACAAACGAUUACCCACCAUAGCUGACAGAGAAGAGAAGGAUUAUGAUCCAUUUGCAGACAGACGACGACCUACUAUUGCUGACAGGGAGGAUGAAUACAGGCAGAAAAGACGUAGAAUGAUUAUUUCUCCUGAACGUGUCGAUCUUUUUGCAGAAGGUGGUAAGACACCUGAUAUUGGUUCCAGAACAUAUACUGAAAUUAUGCGGGAGCAAAUGCUCAAAGGUGAAGAGACAGAGCUGAGAAAAAGAUUAGCAGAAAAGGCAAAAGAUGGUACUUUGAAAGCCAAUGGUGAACCUAAACCAGCUCCUAAGAAGAGAGGUCGCUGGGACCAAACCGAUGACACUCCAGUGCAGAAAAAAUUAUCUGGUGCUUCAGCAACACCUACAUCUUGGGAUAAUGCAGAUGUAACACCAGCUGCAAUUAGAUGGGACGAAACUCCAGGUCAUGGUAAAGGAGCAGAAACUCCCGGAGCAACUCCAGGAGUAAGUACGAGAAUGUGGGAUGCCACGCCAGCACACGCGACACCAGGAGCUGCAACUCCGGGCAGAGAGACGCCUUCUCACGAGAAAACUGUAACAAGCCGAAGAAAUCGUUGGGAUGAAACUCCGAAAACUGAAAGAGAAACACCCGGACACAGCAGCGGUUGGGCGGAAACUCCGAGGACCGAUCGAGUCGCUGGGGAUUUGAUACAGGAAACUCCGACACCCUCGGCAAGCAAAAGACGAAGUCGAUGGGACGAAACGCCAUCAAAUCAAACACCAGGAUCGAUGACGCCGCAAACCCCGGCGACGCCUCUUGCGACACCCCAUCAGACAACGAUAUUGACCCCAAGCGCCGUCACGCCGACAGGACCCAAGGCAAUGGGUCUAGCUACUCCGACUCCAGGACAUUUGAUGUCCAUGACACCUGAACAGCUGCAGGCUUAUCGUUGGGAACGCGAGAUAGACGAGCGAAACAGACCCCUAUCGGACGACGAAUUAGAUGCAUUGUUUCCUCCUGGAUACAAGAUCUUACAACCUCCCGCAGGAUAUAUUCCUAUUCGCACACCUGCUAGAAAGCUCACUGCGACGCCUACGCCUAUCGCCGGUACACCUCAAGGUUUCUUCAUUCAAACAGAAGACAAGAGUGCGAAGUACGUGGAUAAUCAACCAAAGGGCAAUUUGCCAUUUAUGAAGCCAGAAGACGCGCAAUAUUUCGACAAAUUAUUGGUUGACGUAGACGAAGAAACAUUGAGUCCGGAAGAGCAAAAGGAAAGAAAGAUCAUGAAAUUGCUCCUAAAAAUAAAAAAUGGAACUCCUCCGAUGCGUAAAGCCGCUUUAAGACAAAUCACUGACAAGGCGAGAGAAUUUGGAGCUGGACCGUUGUUUAAUCAAAUUCUACCGCUUUUAAUGUCACCUACGCUUGAGGAUCAAGAACGUCAUUUAUUGGUUAAAGUCAUUGAUCGUAUUUUAUAUAAAUUGGACGAUUUGGUGCGACCAUAUGUACACAAGAUUCUAGUCGUCAUUGAGCCUCUAUUGAUUGAUGAAGAUUACUAUGCUCGAGUCGAAGGUAGAGAAAUUAUUUCUAAUUUGGCUAAAGCUGCAGGAUUGGCUACGAUGAUUUCUACAAUGAGACCUGAUAUUGAUAACAUCGAUGAAUAUGUACGUAACACAACGGCAAGAGCUUUUGCAGUUGUCGCAUCCGCCCUCGGAAUUCCUUCGCUUCUUCCGUUCUUAAAAGCUGUUUGUCGCAGCAAAAAAUCCUGGCAGGCACGACAUACUGGUAUUAAGAUCGUGCAACAAAUAGCUAUUUUGAUGGGGUGCGCCAUUUUACCACACCUGAAGAGUUUAGUGGAAAUUAUAGAACAUGGUUUGGUGGAUGAACAGCAGAAAGUAAGAACAAUUACAGCAUUAGCUAUCGCUGCACUUGCUGAAGCAGCAACACCAUAUGGCAUUGAAAGUUUUGACUCUGUAUUGAAACCACUAUGGAAAGGUAUCCGUACACAUAGAGGAAAAGGUUUAGCAGCUUUUCUAAAAGCUAUUGGUUAUCUCAUCCCUUUGAUGGACGCGGAAUAUGCGAAUUAUUAUACUAGGGAAGUAAUGUUAAUUCUUAUACGUGAAUUCCAGUCUCCUGAUGAAGAAAUGAAGAAAAUUGUGUUGAAGGUGGUCAAACAAUGCUGUGCAACAGACGGUGUAGAAGCUCAAUACAUAAAGGAUGAAAUCCUGCCUCACUUCUUUAAACAUUUUUGGAAUCAUCGUAUGGCAUUGGAUCGCAGAAAUUACAGACAGCUUGUGGACACGACAGUAGAAAUAGCCAAUAAAGUGGGCGCAUCAGAGAUUAUUAACAGAGUAGUGGACGAUUUAAAGGACGAAAAUGAGCAAUACAGAAAAAUGGUAAUGGAAACUAUCGAGAAAAUAAUGGGCAACUUAGGAGCAGCGGAUGUCGAUUCGCGUCUAGAGGAACAGCUCAUCGAUGGAAUUUUAUACGCUUUCCAAGAACAGACUACUGAGGAUGUUGUUAUGUUGAACGGUUUUGGAACGAUUGUGAACACAUUAGGCAAAAGGGUGAAGGCAUAUCUUCCCCAAAUAUGUGGCACAAUAUUGUGGCGAUUAAAUAACAAAUCUGCAAAAGUGCGACAGCAAGCUGCUGAUCUUAUUUCGCGCAUCGCAGUAGUUAUGAAGACGUGUCAAGAGGAAAAACUAAUGGGACAUUUGGGAGUCGUUUUGUAUGAAUAUUUAGGCGAAGAAUAUCCAGAGGUACUAGGUAGCAUUUUAGGAGCGUUAAAGGCUAUUGUUAAUGUCAUAGGUAUGACAAAGAUGACACCACCUAUUAAGGAUUUGUUACCAAGGCUCACACCCAUUCUGAAAAACAGACAUGAAAAGGUGCAAGAAAAUUGUAUUGAUCUCGUAGGCAGAAUCGCAGAUCGUGGACCAGAGUACGUCUCUGCUCGGGAAUGGAUGAGAAUAUGCUUUGAAUUGUUGGAAUUAUUAAAAGCGCAUAAAAAAGCAAUUAGAAGAGCUACAGUAAAUACUUUUGGCUAUAUUGCCAAAGCUAUUGGACCGCAUGAUGUUUUGGCGACACUUUUAAAUAAUCUGAAAGUUCAAGAGCGUCAGAAUCGUGUUUGUACCACAGUGGCUAUUGCUAUCGUUGCUGAGACUUGCAGCCCUUUCACAGUGUUACCCGCAUUGAUGAAUGAAUACCGAGUACCCGAAUUAAAUGUGCAAAAUGGAGUAUUGAAAUCUUUGUCGUUCCUAUUUGAAUAUAUCGGCGAGAUGGGCAAAGAUUAUAUUUACGCUGUCAGUCCAUUGCUAGAAGAUGCACUUAUGGACAGAGAUCUAGUACACAGACAAACCGCCUGCGCCGCUAUUAAACACAUGGCAUUAGGUGUCUACGGAUUCGGAUGCGAGGAUGCAUUAAUACAUUUAUUGAAUCAUGUAUGGCCAAACGUUUUCGAGACUUCACCACACUUAGUUCAAGCAUUUAUGGACGCUGUAGACGGAUUACGUGUCGCGCUUGGACCAAUUAAAAUUUUACAGUAUACAUUACAGGGUUUAUUCCAUCCAGCUCGUAAAGUUCGCGACGUCUAUUGGAAGAUAUACAAUUCUCUUUAUAUCGGUGGACAGGAUGCUCUCGUGGCUGGUUAUCCUCGCAUCAUGAAUGAUCCAAAGAAUCAAUACAUUAGAUAUGAAUUGGAUUAUAUAUUGUAAUAGAAAACUUGCAGCAAUAAGACACUUGUAAUAAGGUUCUUAUACCUCUUAAGUAUCCAUAUAAGAAUCAUCGUUAUAAAAAGAUGAAUUUAAGCAAA